AUGGCCUCCAACACAAAGACCUUCCAGAGGGUGCUGGAUUCAACAGCACUUGCAGCCACGAAAUUCGUCCGCCGACCACCAAUUGACCCCAAGACCCCAAUUCAAGGGAAGGUCAGACAACCGUCCUCAAAUGCAUACAAAGACCACCAGGAUAAGGAAGGUCGGCGGCUACAGAAGGCCCUGAACUCGAUCACCCACGGCCAGAACAUCUUUGUGUACCACAACCUCCGCACGAAACAGGUUGUGUACUCGUUGACCCGUUAUCUGGAAAAAAACAACCUCAUCAAGCAAUGCGUCUACCACGGCAAGAAGACCGUUCCCGCCGAAAUCCGCAAGGACUUGUGGGUUCCCUACUUCUCCGUCCACUUCGCCGAAAAGCAAAUCGGUCUGAACGUCUACAACCACCUGCGACAAUUCGCUCUCCUGCGCCAACUCUCCCCGCCCAAGGAAAUGAUCACCGUGACAAAAGAGUACCUUGACCACAUGCGCCCCGCAGACCCAAGGGACCAAAAGGAAUGGAACGAGCAUAACAUGGGUCGAUUGGGCCAGAUCAUGAAGAAGAAGGAGCGUGCCCGCGUCCUGAUGAACCAAAAGGCCACCUCAAUCGCCGAUGUCGCCUUCGUCUUGCAGAAGCACAUGCGCGAUAUCACCAUUGGUCUUCCCGGGUUCGCCAAGGGCGGCUACAAGACCCUCAAGGCGCGCAAGCGCAGACGUGCGGCUCUUUCCGCUGAGGAAAAGCUCGCUGAGGAGCGCGCUGAGCAGAUUGCUUCGCUGGAGGAGCAGCUGGACGCUGUGAUUAGCGCGGAUCUCUCCAAGCCCGAGUCUAAAACAGUUAAGAUCCUGUGGCAGGAUAUGUAUGAUGCGCAGCAUGCGAAGAAUUGGCCCCAUUUCAUUACCCACGGCCAGCUGCGCUGGACUCGCAACCACAUCAUUGGCCAGGAGGAAGGCGCUGCGGAGAUCGUCGCCGAUGGCUCCUUCGAGGAGGCUCCUAGGCAGUGA